AGGCGGUGGCGAGGGCGAGGCGGACGGCGGCGGUGGCGAGGGCGAGGCGGACGGCGGCGGCGGAGACGGUGAGGCGGAUGGAGGAGGUGGCGACGGUGGCGGCGGCGAGGGCGAGGCGGACGGCGGCGGCGGCGAGGGCGAGGCGGACGGCGGCGGCGGAGACGGUGGCGGCGGCGAGGGCGAGGCGGACGGCGGCGGCGUUGACGGUGGCGGCCGCGAGGGCGAGGUGGACGGCGGCGGCGGCGAGGGCGAGGCGGACGGCGGCGGCGGAGACGGUGAGGCAGAUGGAGGAGGUGGCGACGGUGAGGCGGAGGGAGGCGGUGGCGAUGGCGACACGGACGGAGGCGGCGGCGAGGGCGAGGCGGACGGCGGCGGCGUUGACGGUGGCGGCGGCGAGGGCGAGGCCGACGGCGGCGGCGGCGAGGGCGAGGCGGACGGCGGCGGCGGAGACGGUGAGGCGGAUGGAGGAGGUGGCGACGGUGAGGCGGAGGGAGGCGGUGGCGACGGCGAGGCGGACGGCGGCGGCGGCGAGGGCGAGGCGGACGGCGGCGGCGGAGACGGUGGCGGCGGCGAGGGCGAGGCGGACGGCGGCGGCGGCGAGGGCGAGGCGGACGGCGGCGGCGGAGACGGUGAGGCGGAUGGAGGAGGUGGCGACGGUGAGGCGGAGGGAGGCGGUGGCGAGGGCGAGGCGGACGGCGGCGGCGGCGAGGGCGAGGCGGACGGCGGCGGCGGCGACGGCGAGGCGGAGGGAUUCGGUGGCGACGGUGAGGCGGACGGAGGCGGUGGCGAGGGCGAGGCGGACGGCGGCGGCGGAGACGGUGAGGCGGAUGGAGGAGGUGGCGACGGUGAGGCGGAGGGAGGCGGUGGCGAGGGCGAGGCGGAAGGAGGCGGCGGCGAGGGCGAGGCGGACGGCGGCGGCGUUGACGGUGGCGGCGGCGAGGGCGAGGCGGACGGCGGCGGCGGCGACGGCGAGGCGGACGGCGGCGGCGGAGAUGGUGAGGCGGACGGCGGCGGCGGAGACGGUGAGGCAGAUGGAGGAGGUGGCGACGGUGAGGCGGAGGGAGGCGGUGGCGAGGGCGAGGCGGAAGGAGGCGGCGGCGAGGGCGAGGCGGACGGCGGCGGCCUUGACGUCGGCGGCAGCGAGGGCGAGGCGGACGGCGGCGGCGGCGAGGGCGAGGCGGACGGCGCCGGCGGCGACG